AUGGUUUUCGAAAGUAUUAUAUCACGUUUGAGGCUUGACUAUUGUAUCAAGUUUUUUUUAUCUUUAUUUCUUCUGAUAUUCAUUUCGCGCGCAGAACAAUCCUAUAUUGGUUCUGCCCACUGCAGCCAUCUGAUACCAGUCCACAAAUACUAUUUUUUCCUAUAAACGCUAAAAUUUCGCCAACUAAAAUUCAUAUCCAUUAAUAAAAAUAUUUAAUCGAUUUGAGGUUAAGAACAAUUUGAAUUUCGUACUGACAUUUUUUUUAUCUGAAAUGAUAGCAAAAUAUGUGCACCUUUGCAGGUCUCAGUUGAUCUGUACGAUGUUUCCUUUGUCCAACGCGCGUGCGGCAAUUAAUUCUGGUCCCCCCACUAUGCACUUCGCUCAUGGUGAAUAGAAAACACAUUCUGCAUGAAGUGUUAAAUAAUUAUAAUCCAUUACCUUUCAUAA